GUCGCCGCAGCCGCCGCCGCCGCCUCCUCCCGAGACUCGCACAGAGCAGUUAUGGCGGAUCCCGCAGCGCCCGCACCCGCAGCUCCGGCUCCUGCCCAGGCCCCGGCCGCGGCCCCGGCCCCGGACGCAGCCCCCACCCCGGCGCCGGCUCCCGCCCCGGACUCGGCCUCCGGGCCGUCCUCAGACUCCGGCCCCGAAGCCGGCUCGCAGCGGCUGCUGUUCUCUCACGACCUGGUGUCGGGCCGUUACCGCGGUUCGGUGCACUUCGGGCUGGUGCGCCUCAUCCACGGCGAGGACUCGGACUCGGAGGGCGAGGAGGAGGGCCGCGGGAGCUCGGGCUGCUCCGAGGCGGGGGGCGCGGGCCACGAGGAGGGCAGGGCCAGCCCGCUGCGCCGCGGCUACGUGCGCGUUCAGUGGUACCCGGAGGGCGUCAAGCAGCACGUGAAGGAGACCAAGCUAAAACUAGAGGACCGCUCCGUGGUGCCCCGGGAUGUGGUCCGGCACAUGCGAUCCACCGACAGUCAGUGUGGCACUGUGAUAGACGUCAGCAUCGACUGCGCCGUCAAGCUCAUCGGCACCAACUGUAUCAUCUAUCCUGUCAACAGCAAGGACCUCCAGCACAUCUGGCCCUUCAUGUAUGGGGACUACAUUGCCUAUGACUGCUGGCUGGGGAAAGUCUAUGACUUGAAGAACCAGAUCAUCCUGAAGCUGUCCAACGGUGCCAGGUGCUCCAUGAACACAGAAGAUGGUGCCAAGCUCUAUGAUGUCUGCCCACACGUCAGCGACUCGGGUCUGUUUUUUGAUGAUUCCUACGGCUUCUACCCAGGCCAGGUGCUCAUUGGCCCCGCCAAGAUCUUCUCCAGCGUCCACUGGCUCUCGGGAGUCAAGCCUGUGCUUAGCACCAAGAGCAAGUUCCGAGUGGUGGUGGAGGAGGUGCAGGUUGUGGAGCUGAAAGUCACAUGGAUUACCAAGAGUUUCUGUCCAGGGGGCACGGACAGCGUCAGCCCCCCGCCCUCUGUCAUCACCCAGGAAAACCUAGGCAGGGUGAAGCGUCUCGGAUGCUUUGACCAUGCUCAGCGGCAGCUUGGGGAGCGCUGUCUGUAUGUCUUUCCAGCCAAGGUAGAGCCGGCCAAGAUUGCCUGUGAAUGUCCAGAAAAACACUGCGCCCAGGGGGAGGGCUCUAUGGCCAAGAAGGUGAAGCGCCUAUUGAAGAAGCAGGUUGUGAGGAUCAUGUCUUGCUCCCCGGACACACAGUGCUCCAGGGACCAUUCCAUGGAGGACCCAGGCAAGAAAGGAGGGGCCAGAGCCAAGAGUGAAGCAGGGUCUGCUAGCCCUGAGGAGACGCCUGAUGGGUCCGCCAGCCCGGUGGAGAUGCAGGACGAGGGACCAGAGGAAGCCCAAGAAGUGGGUGAGCAGCUGCCCCCCUUCCUGCUGAAGGAAGGUGGAGACGACAGGCUGCACUCGGCAGAGCAGGAUGCAGAUGAUGAGGCCGCCGAUGACACGGAUGACACCAGCUCGGUGACCUCCUCUGCCAGCUCCACCACCUCCUCCCAAAGCGGCAGCGGUGCAAGUCGCAAAAAGAGCAUCCCCUUGUCUAUCAAGAACUUAAAGCGAAAACACAAGCGGAAGAAGAAUAAAAUCACUCGUGACUUCAAGCCGGGGGACAGGGUGGCAGUGGAGGUGGUGACCACGAUGACCUCAGCAGACGUGAUGUGGCAGGACGGCUCUGUGGAGUGCAACAUCCGCUCCAACGACCUCUUCCCCGUGCACCACCUAGACAACAAUGAGUUCUGCCCUGGAGACUUCGUGGUGGAUAAGCGAGUCCAGAGCUGUCCAGACCCCGCUGUCUACGGUGUGGUGCAAUCUGGGGACCAUGUGGGUCGCACCUGCAUGGUGAAGUGGUUCAAGCUGCGGCCAAGUGGGGACGACGUGGAGCUGAUUGGAGAAGAGGAAGAUGUGAGCGUCUACGACAUUGCUGACCACCCUGACUUUCGCUUCCGCACGACCGACAUCGUCAUCCGCAUUGGCAAUACUGAGGAUGGAGGUCCUCACAAGGAGGACGAGCCAUCAGUGGGCCAGGUGGCCCGUGUGGACGUCAGCAGCAAGGUGGAGGUGGUGUGGGCUGACAACUCAAAGACCAUUAUCCUGCCCCAGCACUUAUACAACAUUGAGUCUGAGAUCGAGGAGUCAGACUACGACUCGGUAGAAGGCAGCACAAGUGGGGCAUCCUCGGAUGAGUGGGAGGACGACAGUGACAGCUGGGAGACAGACAAUGGGCUGGUGGAGGACGAGCACCCCAAGAUAGAAGAGCCCGCCAUCCCACCCACUGAGCAGCUGAUGGCCCCUGAGGAGGACAAGGGGGUGGUGAUCAGUGAAGAGGCUGCCACGGCUGCCAUUCAGGGGGCUGUGGCUAUGGCCACCCCUGUGGCUGGGCUGAUGGAGAAGGCCGGCAAGGACGGGCCCCCGAAGAGCUUCCGGGAGUUGAAAGAGGCCAUCAAGAUCCUGGAGAGCCUCAAGAACAUGACUGUGGAGCAGCUUCUGACGGGCUCGCCCACCUCACCCACAGUGGAGCCUGAGAAACCAACUCGGGAAAAGAAGUUUCUGGAUGACAUCAAGAAGCUGCAGGAAAACCUCAAGAAGACCCUGGACAAUGUGGCCAUUGCAGAGGAGGAGAAGAUGGAAGCAAUGCCGGACACAGAGCGCAAGGAGGACAAGCCCGAGGGGCAGUCACCUGUGAAGGCAGAGUGGCCCAGUGAGACCCCGGUGCUCUGCCAGCAGUGUGGCGGCAAGCCCGGAGUCACCUUCACCAGCGCCAAGGGCGAGGUCUUCUCGGUGCUAGAGUUUGCGCCCUCAAAUCACUCUUUUAAGAAAAUUGAGUUCCAGCCCCCAGAAGCCAAGAAGUUCUUCAGCACAGUGCGGAAGGAGAUGGCACUGCUGGCUACCUCGCUGCCCGAUGGCAUCAUGGUCAAGACUUUUGAGGAUAGAAUGGACCUCUUCUCGGCCCUAAUCAAGGGCCCCACUCGCACCCCCUAUGAGGAUGGCCUCUACCUGUUUGAUAUCCAGCUCCCCAACAUCUACCCGGCCGUGCCCCCCCACUUUUGCUACCUCUCCCAGUGCAGUGGCCGCCUGAACCCCAACCUGUAUGACAACGGGAAGGUGUGUGUCAGCCUCCUGGGCACCUGGAUUGGAAAGGGGACAGAGAGGUGGACAAGCAAAUCUAGCCUUCUGCAGGUGCUCAUCUCCAUCCAAGGUCUAAUCCUGGUGAAUGAACCGUACUACAACGAAGCCGGCUUUGACAGUGACCGGGGCCUGCAGGAGGGCUAUGAGAACAGUCGCUGCUACAACGAGAUGGCGCUGAUCCGCGUGGUGCAGUCGAUGACCCAGCUGGUACGGCGGCCCCCCGAGGUCUUCGAGCAGGAGAUUCGGCAGCACUUCAGUAUCAGCGGCUGGCGGCUGGUGAACCGCAUCGAGUCCUGGCUGGAAACCCAUGCCCUGCUGGAGAGGGCCCAGACGUUGCCCAACGGGGUCCCCAAGGACAGCGGCUCUCCAGAGCCGCCUGCUGUGACCGAGCUCUCAGACUUCGGCCGAGAAGAACCUGAGGAUGGAGGGCUGGCCCUUGGAGAGGCCUCUCAGGGCUCAGACUCGGAGGGUGGUGCCCAGGGCCCGGCCUCAGCUAGCAGGGACCACACAGACCAGACUUCGGAGGCAGCGCCUGACGCCUCAGUGCCACCCAGUGUCAAACCAAAGAAGCGGAGAAAGAGCUACCGGAGCUUCUUGCCUGAGAAGAGUGGCUAUCCUGACAUCGGCUUUCCCCUCUUCCCACUUUCUAAGGGUUUCAUCAAGAGCAUUCAGGGUGUCCUGCUGCAGUUCCGGGCCGCUCUCAUAGAGGCAGGCAUGCCUGAGAGCACAGAGGACAAGUAGCCGCCAGCCCCUGAGGAAGGAGCAUCACAGUGGGGAGAGGCCAGCUGCUGCCUG